UAUAUAAAUAAGAGGGGGAGAGAAUAGACGUGAGUCACCAACAAAAGCAAUGGCGUUGUCCAACAACUCCUCGGCCAAAGUGGGAGCGGCCGUCGUACUCCUCAUCACCGGCGUCCUCUACCUCUGCUUCUGGUUACGUGAUCCGCUCAUCAUUUCUCUCCAACACAGUUCUACGACCACUAUUGAUGACUUGGAGGCAGCGUUGCAGAGAGCGGCCUCCGGGAACAACAAAACGGUGGUGAUUGCAGUCGUCAACAAGGCGUACGUGGAAAAGAGCGGCUCAUCAACCUCCACGAUGCUCGAUCUGUUCCUCGAGAGCCUGUGGGAAGGAGAAGACACGAGGCACCUCCUCGACCAUCUCAUGUUGGUCGCGGUCGAUCAGACGGCCUACGAUCGCUGCAGGUUCCUCAGGCUUCAUUGCUACAGGCUCGAGUCCGCGGAUCAACAGCAUCUCGAUUUUUCCGGAGAGAAGGUUUACAUGUCCCCCGAUUUCAUUCAGAUGAUGUGGAGGCGGACUCUCUUCCUCCUCCACGUCCUUCGGCGCGGCUACAGCUUUGUUUUCACGGACACGGACGUGAUGUGGCUGAGGAACCCCUUCUCACGGCUAAACAAUAACGAUACCGUGGAUCUCCAGAUAAGCGUGGAUAGCCGAGCUGGUCAUUUCAUCAACACCGGUUUCUACCACAUAAGAUCAAACAACAAGACCAUCUCCCUCUUCGAAAAAUGGUACAGCAUGAGGGACAACUCCACCGGAAUGAAGGAACAAGACGUCCUCAAAAGUCUCCUCGACGCGGGAUUCUUCGACACCCUUGGCCUCUCUGUCAACUUCCUAGACACCGUUCAGUUCAGUGGGUUCUGCCAAGAUAGCCCCGAUUUUGGGGCAGUCACCACAGUCCACGCCAACUGCUGCCGUCACAUUCCCGCCAAGGUCGCUGACCUGACAGCAGUUCUCCGCGACUGGAAACGCUAUAAAACUGCAAUGGUUUCACGCCACAAGGCCAAACAGUUGAGAUUCCGGUGGACUCCCCAUGCCAAUUGCUGGGGUUCAUGGAACGACACGCACUAUAAUCCCCAACAAUGACCAGUCUAUUUGUUAAACAUGUCUAAUGCACAGUCGCACAUGUUCUGCAACAUAA